GUUACAUAGAGGCUCUCUAAUGUUACCUACAAUAUUAUGUUCAUGAUUAUGAUAAAAAAAUAAUCAUAUCGGUAUCACAGUUCAAGAUUUUUGCUCAGUACACAACGCCCCAGUUCGUUAACUGUUAGUACUUUAGACAUUACUGCAUGUUUGUGUUUGAACCUCUUACGUAACUAACUAUAUUUUUACUAUUAUUAUUGUCUACCUGUUUGUUUUUUUUAAUCGUCACUUAUUUGUUACCUAUAUACAUUUUAAAUAUGUUGAGUAAUUUAGAAAAAUCGUUCCGUAAGUAACUAUCCACUUAUUCUUAAAUAAUUUAAUGGCUAAUCGGUGGAAAUCUAUGUUCCUUAAUUUCAAUUUAUAAUCGGAUUGACAGAUUAUCCAUCUGCUAAUAGAGUAGCUCCGUUCCUUAAUGUCCUAUUCAAAUGUCCAAACAAUUAUUCUUAUUAGAAUAUCAGCUGAUCAAUAGCACUAUUAAACAAGUUUAAAUUAUUGUGUAUUCUUAAUUUUUAUAUUGAAAUUAUUAACAACAGAUGCAUAUAUAACAGGUUUUUUUUUCUGUGUAGAAGUGAAGGCUGAUAAACAAAUACAAACAUAUAAUAGUUUAUUGAACAGUCACAUGAAAAGAUUAGAAGAAAUCAAUGUAUUAAAUAAUUAUCUGUUUAUUAACAAACCUCCAUUAAAUAUUAAGGUAAAUAUUACAUUGUUUCAAAAAAUAAUUGCAUAAUUAUAGAAUUAUUAAGUAUCACAUUUAUAUCUAUAUACAGUUAGUAAUUAUACACCACCUGUUGAAAUUAAAUUUAAAUGAGUUCUUAAUAUAUUUGAGAUAUAUUAAUAUUCAAAUACUGAGGUCUAUUGUUGCUUCCUUACCUGUCUUGUAGACAGCACUUUGAAUGCUAUUGAUAUUAUAUCUUAACAUCGCAUUCCGUGCCCCAAAUUACCACACCAGAGACUAUCCAAAUCCUCUAUUCUAAAUUCCUUUACACUUCACCUCUUAUGGACAAAACCACUUACUUCAUUGAAUAAUGUCUUUUGAAUAAUUAUAAUUAUUAUUUAAUCUAAACUGUUUUCGUUCUUUGGCCAUUAAUGAAUAAAUCAAAUACAGUAAAACCACAUUAAGUUGCUCUCGAAGGGGAAAUUGUAAAUCUGUAUAUUAUGCAGGAUGGCGUAAUAGGUGAUACCCUGCCUAAUUCAUUCUGAAAGUAUUUUAAAUAAGAUACAGGAUCCGCAAUGAAGAGGAAGACAAUCUUAAUUCAUUGGCAAUUUUUUAUUUAUUUAACACAAAUUUUUUUAUUGUACUGUCUAAUAAUGUUCAAUUAUUUGUCAUCAAUAGACUAAGCUUUCUUUUAUUCCUGCACUACUAGAUGACCUAGAUGCACUUGUCAUUUUAGACACCAGAACAUGAAUUUUACAAAACACAAAUAUCACUUGCACCACUUUAAGGCUCGAAAACGAUUAAUAAUAUAGUACGAGUACAAACCAUGUCUUGUUGCUUAUAACAAAAUUUCCGUUCAUAAUCAAUAUAUAAUAACAAUACAAUCGGUAAUAAUUUAGAUAAGCAUCAUUUCUAUUGACAUAUUAAAUGUAAUUUUUUCAAUCAAAAGGUAUGAGGUGCCAGAAAAAAGAGCACAAUAUGUGGAGUUAUGUAUUAAGCGUGUUUUUUUCUAUAUUUAAAGGUCUCCAGGAACCCAGGAUUGAAAAAUAUCCACAUAUUAAGCGGGAGAAUUCUGAAGAGACUAUAGAUUAAAUUAAUACAUUAUUAACAUUUUGAUGGACACUUGUAAUAUAAUUUUUAAUGUUAUAUUAAUAGUGCAUCCAAAAUCUAUGUAAAUUGUCAGUGUGGACUCCCGUAAUGUGGCAGUCCACUGUUUCCUAUGAUUUAAUACCAUUGAAAAGAUUACUGAUUCAGCAAUGUUGACGUAAUAUGACAUUUUACAUAUUACUGCUAUAGCAAUAAUGUAUCAAUGUCCAUCCGUCAAUGUGUUAAUGUGACAAAUUAUUUUAUUUUACCAUUAUAAUAAAUGUACAAUUUUAAUAAUCUUUAAUAUUAGGUAGAAGUAACUGAGAAAGUUUCAAUUGAUGAUUUAUUAGACAUUGAUAAUAAUGUCUUAAGUAAUAUUUUGAAGAUAUUUUCUACUUUAAACUCUGAAAUAUUAUACUUGAAAAAUCAUGUUAAAGUAAAAUUAUUUAAUUCAAUACUUUAUUAUGAAGAAUGUGGUAAGGCAAUACAGAAAUACAGCACAUCUUUUAUUAUUAAAUCCAUUUAUUUCAACUUUUUGAAUGUUGAUUUGAUUUAGAUGAAGAUGCCUCUACUGAAGGAAUGGCACAGGUCAAAAUUAGCAAAUUUUUACACAUUUUAUUAGAACUGUCAAAUUUUGUAAAACAUUGUGAAUAUUUGUUGGUUGAAAUACAUGGUCAAUUAGUCAAUAUUUUUGAAUUUCAAUUAAUAACAGCUGAUAUACAUUUCCAGGUAAAACAGUUAUGUAUUAUUAUAAAUAUUUUGUAAAACCUUAGGAACUAUCAAAUAUGGUAAUAAGAUAAUUAACUAUACAUUUUUAAAAUUUCUAUGUUUUACAAUAAGUAUAAUGCCAGCCAUAGUACGUAAGUAUUCAGUAAAUGGACUAAGCAUUAACUAUUAUCAUUUAGCCUCAUUGAUAUUUUAUCAAUGAUUAUUGAUAUUUAAGUAUUUUAUCAGUUCUUUUUCAAUCUCCUGAUCCAUAUUAAUAACUAAUGCACUAGUAUUAGAGAUACUUUAAAUUUAUGAAUUUUUUUCACAGGGUAUUUUUGAAUAUAUUGGUGAUCUAUUAUAUCUUUUUGUUGAAUUGGAUAAAUUAAUUACAUCACAACCUGUACUACAACAACACUGGUUUCAAUAUCGUGGAACUUUAAACACUAUAAAAUUGGAUCCGGCAAAAUACAAUGUCAAUAUAAAUGAUGUUGUUCAAUUGGAAAAUAUAUGCAAUGAUAUUGAGUUUACUCUGUUGUCUGGGAAAAUAUUUGAAGUAUGUUUUGAUUUUAUCCUGUCAUUUUUUUUUUACUAAAUAAUAUUAAUGUUAAUUUCAAACACUUAUUGAAUUUUCCCUGUAAAGAAGAUUAUAACACUGCAUUGUAUAAAUUAUAAAUAUAUAUAUAUGCUUUUUUCCAUUUUGUUACUACUUUUGGAAACUUGGCUCUCUCUGGACUAAAUUAACUAAAACUUGGGAAUUAGAGUUUUAUUUAUAGAAAGAUUGAAGUAAUACAAUUUUGGUUUUAUUUUAAUGAGUUUAACCAUGUUGUGGAAGAUGGUUGGUUUUUUAGCUUUGUAUGCUCUUACAGACCCUUUAAAUGAAGUCAAUAGGAUGCAAUUUAUUUGUUGUAUGACUUUGGUGGUUUCAAUUUUCAAUCCUCUAUGCAACCAUUAUUGUUAUGCUUAAAUUUUGUUUUUACGGCAAAUUCCCCGACAGACUAAAAUUUAAUAAAACUCUGGAAAUCAUAACUACUUAAGAUCAAUCAUAUAAAUUAUACUUCACACAAUGGGUGGGUCAUUGUUGUGGUUGUGAAGCUAGGAAGGUAGGAUAUAAUAUAGGAGAAUUUAAUGUAUAUCUAUACUUAACAAUUAAUCAUUGCUAACAAAAUGAAGUUCAGUUGAACAUGUUUUGAAAGGCUGUAAUAUUUACAAUUUCAUCAAAUUUUGAUAUUCAAAAUUCUUAAAAAAAAAAAAAAAACUGCGCUAAACUCAAAUUUUUCUUGUUUACCACUACGUAAAACUUAUAAUAAAUCUUCUGUUUAAUAUUUUGAAAAUUUUCUCACAUUUAUAAAAGGUAAAUAUAAAGUUUUUGUCCAAAUUUCACAUCUCUAUGAAUAUUUUUAAUUGAAUUACAACAAAGCCUAAGUUUUUCCCAAUUGUUAUGAAAACUACUUGGAAAAUGUGAAAAUGGCCUUAAUUAAGUGCCAACUAUAUAAAAUUUCCUUUUUUCAGAAAAGUGCCACACUUGAAAAUAGAAGCAAGAUUUCUGGUAGAAUUUUUGUACACUGUAUAAAAAGUAAAAAAAAAAACACCAUUCAAUACCUUCCUCACUUAGCUCAGAAUCUAAAAUGAAAUAUUGUAAUAUUAACAAUUCUGCUAUUCUGGAGUAAAUUUGAUUCUAAGCUCUAUUGCUCAGAUGUUGUUUUUUUUCUUUUUUAACUAAAUUUAAAUUUAUAUAUUUAUUUAUUUAAAUAUGUAAACACCCUGAGGACAAUAGUAAAAGAAUAAUAAUUAGUAUAAACAGUUAAAUUACAGUGAUAAGAAGAGAUUAGGUUGAGUAUAAUUGAGACGCAUAUGGAGAGGUUGAGGUGUGUAGAAAUGGAGAAGAGGGAGUGAUUUCAAGUGGAGUGUGAGGAAAGAGACAUUUUCUAGCAAAUCAGGAGCAUCAAGAGAAAAAAUUGUUUAUCAUUAGUAUUAUUAUUAAUUUUAUUUUUAAUGUAUAUAAGUAAUAUAGUGAAAAUAUAGUGGUAUUAUAUAAAUAUAAUCAUUAAUUUAUUUUUUAGAAAGUGUUAACUUCAGACUUUAGUUCAAAAAAAGUGAUUCAAUCUUGUGAUGAUUUUGUAAAUGAGUACAAACUUUAUUUAAAUAAUUCAAUAUUAUUAUUAGGACACCGUACUUAUCAAAAAAAUAAUGAUGUUCUACAAUUAUGGUCACGUGUUUGCUCUACUGCAGUAUUUUAUACUUAUAUAUUUGGAGUUUUUGAUAAAAAAUUACUCAAACAAUUUACAGAUUUAUUAGAAAAAGUAUUUUAAUCUUCUCUAACUUUUUUAUUUAAAAUUAUACAAAUUGAAGACUUGAAAUCAAUAAUAGGUUAUGUGCCACCGCCAACAAUCUAUAAAGAGCCCUAAAAUGUGCCAAAACUUAAUAGUUUGUACAAGGCCCAACAAAAUAAAGUGAGAGCUAUAUCCCAGAGCCGUUGGUUAGAUUAUAAUCAGAAUAACUCAAAAUCAACUUGUUGGCACUUAGCCUAUUAUUAAUUUCAAUUUUUCAAUUACAUAACUUGUGAAUAAAUUCAUAUUCAUUGAUUAGGUAAAUCAUAUUCCACUAGAUGGUAAUUUAAUGUGGAAUCCAGAAACAUUUGUAUUGCAUUUCAUAGGACACUUACUAAAACCAAAUAGCACAAGAAAAAAACAAGACAAUUUGGAAAAAUGUUCUUUGGAAUUAGUAGAUUUUACAAAGAAUUUUUUAAAAACAACUACAGGUCUUUUGCAGCAGGUCAGUAAAGGAUGACAUAUAUUAUUUUAUUAUUCUUAUAUUAAUCCUUACAACUAUGGAGUUGCAAUCAUUUUGUUUAAAUAUCUCAAUAUUAUUAUUUUGUAAUAUUUUUUUCAAUUUAAAGUUUUCAUUUAAAUAAGAAUUAAUUAACACCCCAAUUUAAUUUAAUUUUUUCUGAGUUAAGAAUUAAAAAUAUUAAUUUAACAUGAACCAUUCAUUUUCUGAAGAAUUUUAAAUAAUUUUUUUCUGUUUUUAAAAUUAUUAUUAAAUCAUGACCAUGUCCCUUUUCAUAUUAAAUGUUAAUUAUUUAAUACAUUUAUUUCUAUAGGAAAAAAAAUAUUAUUACAAUUUAAAAUUAAAGUGUAUUAUUAUUUAUUAUUAAAUAUAAAUUAAUGUUAUUACACAAUUACUACCCUAAACAUUUUAUGGGAUAAAAUAUAAAUAAUCAGAAAUAGUGUUUUCAUUUUUAGUUAUAAAAAUGUUCUUGCCUCCCUAGAAGUUACACCCCUCAGGUUAAGAACCUGACAUCAAGAUAUUUAAGCUUUAUUUAAACAUUAUUUUCAAUUAUUUGCUCCCAAUCCCUCAAUGUUAAAUGAGUUCUAUUUGAGGGAUUCUAGUGAAUCCUAUUUGAAAAUCUAAAGUAUACUCAUUUAAGGUAUAAGAAGUCUGAGUAAAAAAUUUAAAAUUGUAUUUAAACCAAUAUUAAACAAUUUCAUAUUAAUUUUAACAAUAAAAAUCAAAUUCAUUUACAAUCUCUCUUAAAUAUUUGCUGGUUCAUGAUAAAUUGAUCGCCCUAUUUAUAAUUUAUUAAUUUUUAAUUUUGUUUUUAUAUUUAGUCAAUGGUUUGGUUUGCAAGGAGUGAACAAAUAGUGUUUAUAGAUUUUGAUACCUCAAAAUUAGAUUAUAUGCAUGAUGUAUGUAAUUAUAUAAGUGAUGUAAGUAUUCUUAUAUGUUUUCUAAUGAUCUUUUUAUAUUUAAAAAUAAAACUAUCUUUUUAUAAUGAAUUCAGUCUGUAUCUUGAAGGUUUUUCUUUAUUGUAUCAUCCAGAUUUUUAAUAAAUGUUUAUAAUAUUAUGUGUAGAAUUUAAAUUAUGUAUCUCCAGACUUUGCAUAUUUGUGUACAAUAAUUUCUAUUUUUAAUGUUUUGAUUGUUUACAUUUUCAAAAUUUUAAAUUUGUUUGUAUUUUUUCUACAUUCGGCUUGAUUUACUCGAAUUACUAAACUAAUACAUGUUUAAAACCUAACCUAAAUUUCUAUCAAUAGUAAAAUUGAAUUACUAGGUCAGCUUUUAAUUAAUCAAUGAAUAUUAUUGUAUUAAUUUUUUUGAAAUAUUGAGGAGUUAAUGUCAGAUUAUUUUUAGGGGUUUUAUGGUUUUAUACAUUGCUUUAUUUGUUAAAUCUAAUUUUUAGUUACUCAAUUUGUCAAGCAAUUGUAUUUGUAAAUUUUAAUUUAUAUGCAUUGUCCUGAAUUAUUUAUAUUUAUAAAAUGGAGUUUAAAUGGAGUGGACUAAAUAUUUAUUUAAUAUAAUAUGUUUUAAGUUAAAGAUUUUUACUUCACAAUACUAUUGUAUUUAUUAAAUUUCUUUAGGGUAUUCAAUUAUGUACGUCCAUUAAAAAUACUAUAAUUACUUUUACGAAUCUACAUAGUAUCCUUGGAAAACCAUUAAUCAAAUCCAACGUUAUAUUAAUCUGUAGAUUACUUGAAACCUUGAAAAAUAUUGGUUAUGUUUACCAAAAAAAUCAUAUAGUAAUGGAUAAAUUAAUAAUGGAUAUAGUUCAAUAUUUAGAAUAUUUGUGCCUUUCCAUCAUAAAUGAAGCCAAGGUAAUAAUGUUUUGUAUAGCUAAUAAAUUAAUUUUUUAUUACUUAUAUUAAUCGAAAGAAAAAAAAUUUAAAAAUUAAAAUAUACAAUUGUACUAACAGAUUUAUUGUGUUGGUGUGUUUAGAUUGCUUGUGCUGACGAUAGAAACUUUAAUGCAAAAAAUGUAGACAGAUUGUCAUCUUUAGAAGUGGCAGAAAAAUUAAUACAUGGACCUUUAGUGAAAAAUCGUCAAUUACUAUUAAACCUGGCUUUAAACACAGCAAUUGGUUUGCAAGCAUUUCAUAAAUGUCAAUUAUUAAUUUUAACCCAACAUUUAAAGAAAAUAGAACUUCUACAAUUAGUACAAGACAAAGUAAAAAAUAUAUCAGAAAUAAGUUGUAUGUACUGGCACCGUGUAGUGUUUCCUUUGUAUUUCAAGGAUGUCAACAAACAGCAUAAAAGUUUUAAUGGACUGUCGGUAUGUUUGUUAAAUUAUUUUAUCAAUGACUAGACACUUGGAGUUAAUAUUUUUGAAAUAUACUAUGAAAGGACAUAGACUCAUUUAUUGAGUAUUUUUAUGUGGUAGUUAUUGUACUAAAACUUUAGCACGCAAGGAAGAAGUAGUUGCUCCCCUCUCUACUCUGUUUAAACCAUAGUGUCCAUAAUGAAAUUUUAAGAAUAACUAACAAAAACAAAAUUUGAAUUUCAUUGUUAUCAAUAUUGUUUAUUAUUUACUUAACUAAUAUUAAGAUUUCAAAAAACUAUUAAAUAUUUUGAAAUGGAUUAUAAUUUUGUGACAUCACUAUACAAAUUGUAUAAAUACACAAACAAUAAUUUGUAGUUUUUAAUUACAGACUUAGUAACCUGCUGAAGGCUGAUAUGUAUGCUAUGUAUCUAUAGAAAUAAAUAAAAUUGGGCUUUUAAGUUAUGAAUAUAAUAAUGCAGUUAGGGAGGGAUUUGAGUCCUACCCUUAAAUGUGUCUUAUUGGGAGAAAUUACCAGUCAUGGGAAAAUACCCAUAGUUAAACUAAUUAUAAGAACUGAGUACAUAGGUGUCCUGAGGGAUGGCAAAACAGACAUCUGCCCCCUUGGACUUUAAAAUUUUAAGUAUAACUUUAUUUUAAGUACUUUUUGGUGUUUGAUUUUAUUAUACCCUUCCCUAAUAAAUUUCUUGUGGGCCCCAUGACUAGGUAUAUUGUAUUGUGUAUGAUAUUAAUAUUAUCAAAAUGUAAUUAUUUAUUUAAAAUUCUAAAACAAUUUAAUUCUGAUCUAAAAAUGAUUAAAUCCAGUAAAGAAAAUUUUGUUAAAAAAAAUUGUAUAAUAAAUAUGGUCAUAUAUCCACAUUAAUUUAGUUAUGUAAUUAAUAAUUUGUAUUUGAUCAGUAUUGAAUGUUCAGUAAUAAAUUGAUUUAAAUACAAUUUUAAACAAGUUGAUCUAUUUAUCAUAAACCAAUCAAUUUUCUUGGAAGAUUUUAAGUAAAUUUGAUUUUUGUUUUUUUUCGCAAUCAUGAAAUUAUUUAAUAUAUAUUUAAACACUAUUUUCAAUUUCAUAUAAGUAUACACUUAUGGCUUUCAAAUGUGAGGGGGGGGGGUUGAACAAAUUUAAAUAGAUAAUAUUUUUUUUAUAUAAAUUGCAUAAUGCAUGAGUACACGCUGGCAUGUGGCAUAUCCAUCCCAUUAACUGCAAUUUCAGUAAUCAUCAGCCUCCAAGUAUACAUAGUGAGCUAUAUUAAUACAAUAUUUAAUGCCCAUUCAUACAACAUGUUAAACAGCACAUUUAUAUAAUAUUGUGUUUAAAAAUAAUAUUGCUUUGUAGCAUAUGACAGAUGGUCCAGUAUGAUACAGUAGAUAAUAUGAGUAGAAAAUACAUAGGUAUAAUACAUUGUCAAUAAUUGAAUUAAUUCAACUCUCAGUGUACCAAUAAGUAGCCAUUAGGAUUCAGGAACAAUACUCAUAAAAAUUACUCAUUCUGUAGGAGUAGCAUGUUGUUUGAUGAUAACAAUAAUCUCAUUUGAAAAAAAAUAUAUUAGUUUUUACUGGAUUUAAUAAGUUACCUAUAAGUUAUAAUCAGUUUAAUAUUUACCCAUAAGGAGCAUGGGUAAUUGUAUAUGUAUUUUUAUUUGCAUUCAAUAUUUGUCUAGCUUCUUUAAAAUAAUUUAUCUAUAAAUAAUAGUCAUAAUUGAGUUUUUUUUAUUGUCAGUAUGCUCCUACGUUCAAUAUGUCCACUCUUCAACAAAAUUUCACCCCACAUGGCAAAUAUAUUUGCAUUUUUUUUUUAUUUUUUAUAUAGUGUGUUUAUUAGCUUAUUUUUAUGAUUCUAUUUCAAUAUUUUAAUUUAACUUUGAGAGGGAAAGAAAUUCAAGUUCUUGGGAUAGUAAUGAUGAAAAUAUUGACAAUAUUUCUAUAAGUAAUAACAAAGUGUCAAGGUGGAUUAAUCCACCUUGGAUAAUAGCCAAUAGGUAAUAUUCUAAUGGACAGUAGAACCCAAAUUGUGUUGUAGGAAAUAUCAAAAAUGCAAUUGGCUACAUGAAUGUGGGCACUUUACAAAAAAUAUAAUUUUCCUUAUUGUUGAGUGAUUGAAAUCCUACUUGGUAUAUUGUGUAACUCAUAAAUCUACCUUGUACAUAAAGCUGAUUACACAGUGUGAGUUUUUCUUUAAUUGAUGUCGCAAUUAAUCAUCAAACAUUAAACAUGUGCUUUUUUAUGGGCGCAUUCAAAUUCCUAUAUUUAAUUUUUAAGCAUUAAUUUUAAAAUUAAAAAUUUUGCCCCUAUGUAUUGUAAAUGCAAUUUGCUGAUCAGCUUAUACACAAUGCGAUCCUUAUGCAGUGAGUGUAUAACAUUCAUUCAUAAUUUCUCUGCUUUAUUUUUUUUUUUAUUUCAUUUUCUUCAUAUGUAUUAUUUAUUUAAUUUAAUAAUGUUUAAAAUUUAUUUUAAAUUUCAUUAUUUUUAAUCAUGUUUAAGAAUUUAAAUAUAAAUAAAGCAGUAUAAUGUAAUAUAAAAUAAUAGGUUUAUAUUUAUUUAAAAUUAAGAAUAAAAUUAACUUAAUAUUAUAUUUUGUUUGUAUUCUAAAGUCAUUUGAUGCAUAAAAAUAAUUAUUUUCAAAUUUUAGAAGAAAAUUGAAUUAUUUUUUUGGAGUGGUAAAUUUUUAACCUAUACGCGCAAAAUACAUGUGCGUUACCGAGGAUUAAACUGUUAUAACUUAUUAAAUCUCAGUAUUAUGCAACUAUAUACUUGUAUCGAAAUGUAUAGAAUCAUAUGCUCUAUUAAAAUCUGUUAAAUAGCGGAGGAGGGGUGCUUCAAUUUGCAAAUUAAAAGUGUAUACUCAUAACUUAUUUUAGGUAUAAUGAAGUGGGUACAAAAAACUUAAAUUAAUUUAAAACCCAGGAAAUCACUGGUUCGUGAUAAAUGGAUUACCCUGUAUAACAAACUAUUGUAAUUUAUUAUAUUUUUGUACAGACAACAUUUGAUGCACUAGUAGACAUCCAUGAGGUGACAUAUUUUAGUGACAAAAUUACCAAUCAAAAUGUUUAUAAAUAUUUUAUUGAUGAAAUGAAAAGUUAUUUAAAUAAACAGGUAAUAAUUUGUUUGUUUCAAUUUGUUAAGAAUAGACUAAAAUUUUAAAUAAAAUAUUAAUAUUGUUUUUUUUUUAAUAUAUAUAUAUAUAUAUAUAAAUUAAUGUACAAUAAUGUUUCCAUUAUAAUAUAAUUACAUAUAGACAUAAUAAGUAUUGUUUUUUUUACCUUAAAUUUAUAUAAAGUUUAUUUUUAGAUAUUGGAACCAAUGAAUCCUUGUAUUGAAAAUGAAUUACGUCUUCAUGUUAUGACACAUAUACAUUUUGUUAAGCCAGUGCUCAAUAAACCAAUCGAUAAAAAUAUAUACACAAUAAAACUUAAACCUUUGCAGUUUUUGACUAAUUUUUUAGAUACCAAAAGUACAUAUUUUAAACAUUAUUUAACUCCAUUUAUUCUAAUUUAAUUUAUAUCUUAUUUUGUAGGCAGAGCAGAAAAUUACCUGAGUGAAACAUUUUAUGAUUUGACAUCUGUUGCUCUACAUGAUUGGCAUAAUAAUGGUGUGAUGAGAGCGUUAGCGAAAUACAAAUUAAACUUGGAGACUGUUGAUGAUAAAUUACCAAAUCAUACUUUAGAACAAGUAAAACAUAAAUACAAUUUUACUUUUUAUAUAAUUUAUUUAUAUUGAUAAAAUGCAUACCAUUUUAGGGUUUAGAUGUUCUUGAGAUAAUGAGAAACUUAAACAUAUUUUUAUCAAAGUAUUCAUACAAUUUAAAUAAUCAAUUAUUUAUUGAAAAUAACAGCACUAGCAAACAUUUGAAUACUAUUAAUAUUAAACAUAUUAGUAAUUCAAUUCGAAUACAUGGAACUGGAAUAAUGAGCACUACUGUAAGUGUACAUAUUUAUACAUGUUUUUAUAUACAGAGUGUCCUAUAAAGAUGUGCCCAUUGUAAUAUCUCUGAAGAUAAUUAAGAUAAUCAAAAUCUGUUUUUUUUCACAUUACUCACUGUGAUAAGAACUUUUUGGUAUAAAUUUAAAAAUGUUAAUAACUUUAUUUAAUUAUUUUUGGAAAAUUUAAAGAUAGUCAUUUUAUAGAGUUUAUUCUUCUGAAAAUCUUUAUGUAUCAACUUUUUAUUUUCAUUAAAUUCUUGAUUUUUAAUCAUUUUUUUAAAGUUCAGAGGAAAAAAAGGACUCACAUACUUCCAUAUGAGUGCUGCCAUUUUGAAGGUGGGAAGUUGAGAAGAUAGGAUACAAAUAGGAAAUUAAUAUAUAUGUAAGCAACAAUAUACCAUUACUAAUGAAAAAUGAUUCUGAGAGCAGAUCAGUUGAUAGUGAUGCUUUAUCAAUAAUAUAUAUUUUCUAACAUAAUAUUUGUUUAGUAUUAUAAUGAUUUUCCCGUGUUUUUUCCCAGUUUUUCACAUUUGCUGUGAAAACUCUUGGGAAAAUCAAAAAAAAAAAAUACCUUUCUAAAAUACCUCCCAAUCAGAUUUCCUUUUAGAAAAAAUGCUAUCAUUUUAAAUCUGAAAAAAAAUUGCUGGUAGAAAAGUUUGCAUAAAAAAUUGAGUGGUAUUUUUCAAUUAAAAUAGUCCCAAUUUAUGAAAACUGGGUCUUUAGGUACACCUAAAAUUGGUUUUUACCUGUUUAGGUAAAAGGGAAAAAUAAAUGUAAACAAUUUUUUUUCGAAACUCGUAUUUGAACUCGUGAUCCCUUGGAUGACAAUAAGUAUCUAUAACAAUUUAACUACAACAAACAUACUUUUAAGGAGACAAUACAGUUAUUUAACAUAGUAUAUAAUAUCCACAUAAUAUCAGAACUUCAAACUUAGUCAGUCAGUUCUUAAAUCAGCAUUAUACAUAAUAUGUUCAAAAAAAAAAAAAAUUUUAAAAAAUUAAAUAAAAGAUAAUAGGGGUGGGAAUGGCCAACAGUGGAACCUACAACAGUGUAGGUGAGAAGUUGAGAAAGUAGGAUACAAAGGUUAUUUUAUUUAUAUCUGUAAACAACGAUUAAUUAAGACGAUUCCGAACACAGUUAAAUAAUGCAUAAUAUGAAGUAAAGAUAAUUUUUUUUGUUUAAAUUUGAUUUCAAAACGCUUAUUUUAAAAAAAAGUAAUCUGAUCAUUUUUGAAAAUUUAUCAAAUCUAGCCAUCUAGGUAAGUCCAAUUUAAGUAUUAUUAACAAGUUUCAUGUCUCUGCUUGUAUUUAUAACCAAAUUACAGCAAAAUCUCCCAAAAAUUAAAAUUCCAUAAAAGUUCAAAAAUGGCUCAAAAGUUUUGGUGAUUAUACCGUAAGAAAGUAAAUCCAAAGGCAACAAAAAAGGUAUUGUGUGGUUUUUCAAUUAAAUAUUUUUUUUGUGGUAGAAAAUGUCAUCUGUAUUUCUUAAAAAUAAUGAAAUCGUGAAAUUGUACGUUUUUCCCCACCUAUGUGCUUUUAUUUAAGAAAUGGCGUCGAAAAUUAAAAAAUGAUUCCUCAAAAGCACCAUUUAGAUAACUUUACCUUGUAUACAAGUUACUAAUUCUAGAAAAGGCAAAUAUAAGUUUUCUGUCUAAAUUUCAAGUCUACGAAUAUUUUUAACUGAAUUGCAACAAAUAACAAAAUUGAAAAAUAAUAAAAGCAUUAUUUUUGUAAAUUUCCAGUUUUAUCCUGGUUUUUCCCAGAUAUUAUAAAACCUGUUUGGAAUGACCUCCCAUAAGUACCAUCUGGACAACAUUUUAUUUUAGAAAUGGUGCCAUGCGUAUCUGAGGAAUAUUUAUGUUUGAAUUUUCACAGUAUAAAAAAGAAAAAAAAACAUCUUUAUAUAACCAAUACAUUCUUUGCUACAUUUAGAAUCUAAAAGUAUACUUAAUUGGAAUAAUAACAAUCAAUUAAACAAUGUUAUUACAGCCUACUGCAUAAUUGUAUGUACUUUUCUCUAAAUUUUAAAAAAUGUAUUAAAAAUCUCGAAUUUAAUGAAAAUAAAAAGUUGAUACACCAAAAUGUUUAGAAAAAUAAACUCUGUUCAAAAGCUAUCUUCAAAUUUUUCAAAAGUUAUUAUUUUUAAGUUUUUUAUUAAAGCAUAAAAUAUUAAUUGCAAUAUUCAGAUUUGUAGUUCUUAUCACUGUGAUUAAUAAUAAAAAAAGAAAAACAGAAUUUUACUAUCUUAAAUUAAUUAUCUCUAAAGAUAUUACAAUGGAUAUAUCUUGUGACACAACACUUUAUUUAUAUUUUUGAAUACAAAAUAAAUAAUAAUACCACAAUCAUUAACUUUCUAAAAUAUGCACUGAUAAAAUAAAUAUCUAGUUAAAAUAUAUUCUUUGUAACAUGUAGGACAUGAUACAAAUGGUACACAUUUUAAUUAUUUAGCAGUGACAACUUUACAUUAUUAGUUUCAAUAUUAGAGUAAAUUUGCUUAUCAUCAACCUUAAGGGUAAGAACAUUAUACUUAUAUAUCAAUUUUUUUUGAUAGUUUAAUUUUCAAAUGAGAUUUAAAUAAUUGUGAUAUUUCAGUUACUCAUAUCUGGCUUAAAAAUUAAAUUAUCGAAAAAUACUAAAGUGGUUACAGAAAAUGUUGUUAUCUAUAAAUUUGAUAAUUAUUAAUAGUCCAAUUCAAUCUAAUAUUAAAACUAACAGAAUUAAAUUGUUAAUGCUAAAUGUAAAGUUGCUAUGUCAUAUUAUGUUUGUAAGAUUGAGACAUAACUGCAAAUGUAUCUUAUUAAUUCAUAAUUGUUGUUGUGCUCCACAAUUUUAUUUCCCAGUACAAUUACUAAAUUCAAAUUAAUUUUUAAUAAUAAUAUAAUUUUUCAGACAUUUUUUGAUCUUGCUUACAAUCUAAAAUUAUACUUAACAUUUUUAUCUUAUUUAUUAUCCAUAACAUUAUGUAUGAUAUAAAUACUGUUCUAAUAAUUCAAUAUUUUUAUAUGAAGGUUAAUACAACCUAUCAACUUCUUUGUGGAAAAUUGAAUAUGCUAUCAAAAUAUUUAUACGAUGAGCGCAUAAAAUCAAAGCUUAAAAAAGAAAUAUCCUUUCUUCAUGACAUACAGAAAACUAAUAACAUUAAAUAUCCGUAUGAACGUGCAGACAAAUUGAAUUCCAGUAUGCGUAAAUUAAGCUUAAAUACAAAUCAAAAUUACAUUGAUCAAUUUAGAAUUCUUGUUACACAUAUUGGUAAGAAAAAUAUGUUUAAUAACAAUAAAAAGUAAUCUCUUUGUCAUGAAUCAUAUAUUUAAUAAUAGUUAAAUAAAUGUGAAAUCCUAAUGAACAGUUUUAUUUUUCAGGCAAUGCUCUUGGUUAUGUAAGAAUGAUUAAGUCUGGUGGUCUAAAUUUCUGUUCAAUAGCAACUUCUUUUAUACCUAAUUUAAAAAAAAUAAUUAACUUUGAAGAACUUUGUAAUGAUUCAAGGUUCACCAAAAAUUGUUCAAAUGCUGGACAUCAUCUAGACAAUGUUGUUCAAAAUAUUUGUCAAAAUAUUGCGGAAGGCACAAAUUAUUUCAAAGUAAUGAAACAAAUACAAAAAAAGUAUAAUUUUUAUAAAAUGUAUAUAUUUUCUUUUAAUAAUUGUUAAACAGUAUACAAGGUACCUUUUGUAUUCAAAAUGAUUUAAAUAGAAACCUAUAAUUUUAUAUAAAUAAAUUGUGGUAGUGUGAUACAAAUUUCACUUGUAAAUGUUUAAAUAAAAAUUAUAACAACCAUAAACAAUUUUACUAAACAAAUUCAAAAUAAAUAUUAGAUAAACUUAAUGUUUAUAUACCACAUACUAUAACAUACAAAUAUAUUUAAAAGAGUUCAUGAAAAUCCAUACAAAAUCUUUAAUAAGUAAUAACUAAUUAGAAAUUAUAAUACGUACAGGCUGUCCCACAAAGAUAUACCCUUUGAAUAUUUCCAGAGAUGAUAAGGAUAAUCAAAUUCUGUUUUUAUAAAAAAACUUAAUUUUUAUUUUAAAAUUUUAAGAAAACUUUAAGAUUUUAAACCAGCUUAAAAACUAUUCAUCAGAUAUAAAUGUGUGAUAUAUUAAAAUUUUCAGAAAAAUAAAUUACAAAUUAGCUAUCUAAAAUUUGUCCUAAAAUAAUAAAGUAAAAAGUUAUUUUUUAAAUUUUGUUUAAUAAAAAAAAAUUGUAAUUCAAAUAUAAAUAUUUGUAGUCCUCAUUCCUGUGAGUAAUAUAAAAAUAAAAACCAGUAUUUGAUUAUCCUAUCCAUAUUAUCUCUGAAAAUAUGCAAGGGGUAUAUCUUUGUGGGACAGCCUGUAUAUACAUUAACCAAAAUAAUGUGUUAUCUUUUAUUUAAAUUUUACAAAAUUAUUUAGUUUCCUAACCAUAAUUGUGUAUUAAAAAGAAAAAAGAAAUUUAUUGUAUCAAAAACAAAAAUUAAAAUUAACUAUUAAUAUGUUACAGUUAUUAAUUGAUGUAUUUGUUCAAGCCAUGAGUAAUAGUAAUAAUUCACAUUUGAAUAAUUUCUAUAUAAUUAUUCCCUCCUUAACAUUAAAUUUUAUUGAACACGCAAUUAAUUCAAAGGAGAAAAUGUAUAAGAAAAGUAAAGGAGCAAUGUUUACUGAUGAUGGAUUUGCUGUAGGUAAGGAAAUUAUUGUAUAACAUUUUUUUUUUUGAUUAUUAUUGUAACUUAGUCAGAAAAAAUUGCAGAAACCAGAAGUAGGGUGUUUGGGAAAAAAGAGUUUAAUGUUUAUUAUAUAUUUUUAUUUUUAUAUUCAAAGCAUUCAUAGAUUUUAAGAAAGUGAAGGAUAAUAUCCAACCUUAUAGUCUGUACAACAUAAUGUACGAGUUUGGAUUCCUCAAAAACCUUACCUCACUGACAAGAAUGUCAUGAAAAAAAUUGUGGAGUUUAGUUAGAUAAAGUUUUACUAGGAUUUGUGGACCAUCUUAUAAUAUUCUUGAAGAAGAUUAAGAAUCAGUCAUACCAACUACAAAAAUAUUGAUUAACAAAGAAAAAAGAAAAAAAGGACUAGUGAUAAAUAAAGAGGUCAAUUGAGAAAACUCCUAGAUGAGACAUUACUGGAAAUAAACACAUCAAUAAAGGUGAAAGCUAUAAUUUGCCCUAAUUAAAUACUUAUAAUCAAAGUUUUUCUCUAGAGGUACAAAAAUACACCAUUACACAACAAUAGAAAAACCUACAAUUACAUACUGCUGCGAAGUAUGAUCCCUGACAGUUUGAACAAAAACUUAGGACCUUCGAAAACAAAGUAUCAAGUACAAUAUGUGGAUCCUUAUAUGAUGAUGUAUCCAAUUUCUGGUGAAGAAGAAAAAUAUAGUUAAGGGAAAUGAUAAAAAUACCAGUAAUAAGAAGUUAUAUGAAAGGACAAAGACUAAAUUGGUUCAGACAUGUAAAAUAGAGAAAGGGAAGAGACCACUAAGGCCCUGUGUAAACUCUCUGUCAUACUUACAGUUAACAUCUUCAGCAAGACAACAAUUGCACAACUUUCAGCCAAAAACUUACUUCAAUCAAAAAAUGACAAGAGACCUUUUUCAUUGCUUUUGUUUAUAGUUGGUAACGUGAAGAGGUCAUCUUUGAUUUUCUUAAUUUCAUUGUUUUAAAAAUAUGCUUUAUGUUUAUUACCAAAAGUUUUGCUUCAAUCAAAAAACGAAAAAUAGCCCCUUUUUUAUUGCAUUUUUAAUGGAGUAAGUUGUUUUUUUAUAUAUUGAGCAAUACAUAAAAAGAAUUGGAAUGUUUAUGGAAUAAUAGUUUAAUUAUACUCUUUAAAUAUGUAUUGAUAUUUGUAGUUUCAUAAUUUUCUAAAUGUUCUAUGGUAUUAUAUAUUUUCUUUUUUUAGUAGGGUUAUUUUCACCCUAUUUUUGUUACAGGUUAUUUUUGAAUUAGAUCAAAUAUUGUAGAUCAAUUGUCCUUGGAUAUUAUUUACCAAAUAACCAAAUGAUGUAGAACCAAAUUUUCAAGCAUUUUUGUUAAAUUUUACAAUUUAUUAUCUACAGAAUACCUACUAAAUAAAAAUUAAGUUAAAAACUCAAAGUUAAAAUGUCUAUAAAUAGCUCAAAUAUUUUGAACAUUUUAUCACUACUAGAAUUAUACAUUUUCUGUAGACAUUUUUAAGUCCCUAUGGACAUUUCAACCUGAAUUACUUUCAUAAAAAAAUUUCCCAAUUUGUUUACAUUAUUUUUAGGUUUUACUCAAUUAUUAAAAAAAAAAACUUCCAAGAAAAUUAAAAAACGAAUUUCUUGGUCUCUAACUAGAUUAAAAAUUCAACAAAAAUGAUCCCGUUAUUUAUCUAUUGGAGCAAUAUUUAUGGUAGAAAAUAUAAUGUGUAUAAAUUUAAAAUAAUUAAAUUCUUGUGCCAUAUUUUGAAAAAAAAAUGUAUAUUUCUUCUUUUAUGAUUUUUCCCAAUUAUUAUGAAAAUAUUCUAAGUAUCAAAAAAUGACUCUCUAUUAUUAGCUAUAUAUUAAAAGUGUAAAAGUUAAAAAAGUAACAAAAUCCAUCUCUUUUCAUUUUUGGACUUGAGCAAUAUUUCUAGUAGAAAUCAUUAUAAACAAAAGUAAGAAAAUAGUAAUGUUAAGGUGAACCGUAAAUAUUUGCUAUUUUACAUACAAUCUUCUUAGUUAAAUAACAUAAAUAAAUAAGGUGCAAGAUUUUUAGUAGGAAAAUUAUUUAGACAUAAAAAGUAAUAAGCACACUCCAUAGGAAAACCGAUACAUUCCUUACUGCCUAAAUAAUCUUGAAUAUUAAAAAUUGUGUUUAUUGUUUCAAGUUCUAAUUUGUAAUUGAAAUACAAACAUUUUUAAAUUAUUAUUUAGUUUUAAAUGUAUUAGAAAAAAUUAUACUUAAAAUGAAUACCUACUCUUAAUUCCCUAACUAAUAUGUGCUAUAUUUUUUUCAGUUUUUACCAAUGUGUUUAAAUUUGAUAUAUUCCUUUUACAAUGACUUGUACUAGUAUAAAUUUUAUUUACAGGUAUUGCAUAUUUAUUGCGUAUAUUUAGUUUAAACGAAAAAUUUGAUUCAUUGAAGUGGUUUCAAUCAGUUUCUGAGAAUUAUGAAGAAAAAUUACGGCAACUAAAAACUCAAGAAAUCAAAGCAUUAAAAAAUGAUGCAAAGUUACAACAACCUCUUAGUUUAUCUUAUUCAAGACUUCAAAUUUAUUAUAAAGUAAAACACAAUUUCAUAAUUAAUUAAUGUAUAGACUAAUUAACACAAAUUUUAAUAGUAUAAUAAUAUUUAUGGAUUUCAGGAGUUUAUGUUGUUAUAUUACAAUAUAAAUAGUGCUAGAAUAUUUUUCCAGUCAAGAAAUAUUAAUUAACAAUCAACAAAUUAAAUUUUAUACACACAAAAUACAUAUUAUAUUAUUCAAUUGUUAUUUUUUUUCAAAUAUAUAAACUUGUUGCAUACCAAAUUACC